UGUACCUAACCUUCCUUUUUACCAUAAUUUCUGUGCGGUGUACACGUGUUUUCCGAUAUGGCACCCGUCGAAAAAGCUAAGAAAACCGAUAAAUCGGGCAAGAAAGUUGCUAAACAUCCCUUGAACACCUACCUCCAUGGCGGUGUUUUGCGUUACUCCAAGAGCCAGAUGUACAAACGCCGUGCUCAAUGGCGUUUGAAGGGUACCAAGCGUCCAGUCGUCAAGACCCUGAAGAAGGACAUCAAGAAAGUCAAGAAAAUCGGUGGCCCCAAGAACGGUGGUGAACGUACCGUCUACGUUCAAAAGCCCAAGGCCAACUACCCCACCAAGCGUUUCGUCAAGAAGCGUCCCGCCAAGAAUGUCUUCAGCAAGCACCAACGCAAGGUCCGUUCCAACCUUAAGCCCGGCACCGUCCUCAUCUUGUUGGCCGGCCGUCACCAAGGCAAACGCGUCGUCUUGUUGAAAUCUUUGAGCUCUGGAUUGUUGUUGGUCACCGGUCCAUUCUGCUUGAACUCCUGCCCAUUGCGUCGCGUUUCUCAACGCUAUGUUAUCGGCACCUCUACCCGCAUUGACUUGGGUGACUACAAAGUUCCCGAAACUUUGGAUGAUGCCUACUUCCGCCGCUUGAAGCUCAACAAGCAAAAGAAAUCCGCCGAAGGUGAUAUCUUUGCCACCAAGAAGGAACGUUUCGUGCCCAACGAACAACGCAAGAAGGACCAAAAGGAAGUCGACACCGCUGUCCUCAAGGCUAUCAAGGCUCAUGCCGAUGGUAAAUUUGUCGCCAAAUACUUGAAGAGCAUGUUUGCUUUGCACUCAUCUCAAUAUCCUCACCGCAUGAGAUUCUAAAUGUUUUAGAUUUAGAAUG